GGGAAAGUAAUUUAAGGUCUUAACAUUGAAAAAAUUGACACCACCAGGAUAAAUCUACGCUAAACUUUCGGUUUUCAGUGUUUCCCUUCGAUUUUUUUUCGUUCUCCAUCCGAUCUUCUCUGUCCCCUGUUGCCCUUCUCCACUCCGAUCUUCUUCCUGUCGCAGCUCUCCCAUCCGCGAUCUUCGUCGACGACCCAGACGCAGCGCCGCAACUCUAAAACUGGCGACUCCAUUCUCUCCGGUGUGAACUUUCUUUCCUCUGGUGGAUUUCAGGAGGAGAUAGAUGGAAGUAGAUUUAAUAUUUUAUUUGUAACAAAAAUUGAGAUAUAUAGGGUAGGGACUAGGGAGAGGUGGAGGGAAGUAAUUAUAGAGGGAGGUAGAUUUAAUAUUUUUAAUAUUUUAUUUGCAAAAUAUCGAGGUAAUUAGCCGCUGCCCCUCACCCAAUCGCACGAAACCAAUCGCCAUCUUCACAUCUCCUUCUUCUUCCGCCGGUUCCGAUCGCCAAUCGACAGCCUAAAUCCCAGCCCCCGGGGAACAGGUGCUGUAGAAGACAUUGGGAAAGAUAUCAUAUAUGAAGUUCAAGGGGAGCCAGAACCUGAGGCUACGGCUGCUUCUCUCCACCCUCUCUGCAACUCCGAUUCUCAUUGAGGACAUACGCUCUGACGCCACAUGGCCUGGCCUCCGCCACCACGAAGUAUCAUUCCUCCGCCUCCUAGAGAAGGUCUGUGAUGACUGCGUGGUUGAAAUCAAUGAAACUGGCACAAAGUUGAGGUACAAACCCGGGAUUGUGAUGGGUGGGAAGAAUUUAACUCAUGACUGUGGAGUGAGUCGCUCAAUUGGAUAUUUCAUGGAACCUUUGAUUGUUCUUGGCUUGUUUGGAAAGAAGCCUCUGAGUAUUAGGCUUAAAGGGAUCACAAAUGAUCCUAAGGAUCCAUCUGUUGAUACCUUUAGAUCGGCUACCUUGCCUAUUUUGAAGCAGUUUGGAGUGCCUUCAGAAGGACUCGGGCUGAAAGUUGAGAGCAGAGGAGUUGCUCCCAAUGGGGGUGGAGAAGUAAUUUUAUCUGUCCCGAUUGUUCAGGAUAGUUUAAGAGCAGUCAGCUGGACUGAUGGGGGAUUGGUAAAGAGAAUAAGAGGUGUUUCUUUUUCUACAAAAGUGUCUGUGCAGUUCGAAAAUACCAUGAUACAUGCAGCUCGUGGCAUAUUGAAUCCGCUGCUUGCUGACAUUCAUAUAUUUACUGACCAUAAGGCUGGCCCACAAGCUGGAGGGUCACCUGGCUAUGGAAUUUCCCUUGUUGCAGAAACCACUUCUGGUUGCUUCUUUUCGGCUGACACUGCUGUAUCUUAUGCAGUAGAAGAAGAUGCUAUGGACAUUGGUGAUGAUAAAGAUAGCCAUUACUUAACCCCUCCUGCGGAUAUUGGCGAGCAAAUUGCUUCUGCGCUACUGAAUGAAAUUGAACAGGGAGGCGUUGUUGAUUCCACACACCAGGGUCUGUUGUUUCUUCUGUGUGCCUUGUGCCCGCAAGAUGUUUCCAAAGUCCGUGUUGGCAAACUUUCGCCUUAUGCGAUGGAGACUUUGAGGCACAUCAGAGAUUUCUUAGGGGUUACAUUUGUCAUUGAACCCGAUUCUGAGUCGAGGACGGUCGUACUGAAGUGUUUAGGAUGUGGAUUGAAGAACAUGUCGAGGAAGUUAUCGUGAUGACCAAUGGCAUUCACCCAAAGUCCCAAAUACUUUGUAUUCCAUGAAGAAAAAGCAAAGGUCAGAGUAUAACUUGUUGUUGUAGGCCAGAGAAGGUCAUCGAUAGGUAAUGUUAUCAGAUUUUGUUGCAGUAGGUUUUAAAUCGAGCCAAGUAAAAUUUCUCCCCUUUAUGGUUGAAUCUGAGAUUGUAAUUGUUUGAUAAGUACCAAUUGUUUUUAUUUCUAAAUUUUUCGAAUUUUAAUUGUCCUUAGA